CCCGCGUGCUCUGGCGAACGCUGGACAGAGUGCAUUGUCAGAGCGAGGAAUCUCAACAUUUUCUACAACGGAUUCACGCGGACUAAGCUCUUUACUCUCCAUCACUCCACUGGAUACAGUGCGAUCUGCACACUCAACGCUACGCUUCGUUCGCAGUUGAAGAAUGUUCGGAUAAUUUUACUUUUGGGGAAAUAAGUGGGUUUUACAAUCAGGUCAAGUAAAACAUACUGAACUAGGUGUGGGAAAGUUAGAAGUCUUGUUCCUUGGACAUAGAGUGUGAGCUAUGGGUACUUUGCGGGACCUGCAGUAUGCUUUACAGGAGAAGAUAGAGGAGCUGAGGCAAAGAGAUGCGCUUGUUGACGAAUUAGAGCUUGAACUGGACCAAAAAGACGAACUUAUUCAAAAGCUACAAAACGAGCUGGAUAAGUAUCGUUCGGUGAUUCGACCAGCCACACAGCAGGUCCACAAACAGACUGAGCUGCAAGAACAGCAACGUACCAAGAGACAGGCUAUCUCCGCAGAACCUACAGCUUUCGACUUCCAGGAGCUCAGCCAUGUAACGCUACCCUUCUACCCCAAGAGUCCACAGUCCAAGGACUUGAUCAAAGAGGCCAUCUUGGAUAAUGACUUCAUGAAGAACCUGGAACUGUCUCAGAUCCAGGAGAUUGUGGACUGCAUGUAUCCAGUGGAGUAUGGCAAGGACAGCUGCAUCAUCAAAGAGGGUGAUGUGGGCUCCCUCGUCUACGUCAUGGAAGAUGGGAAGGUGGAGGUGACUAAGGAAGGCUUGAAACUGUGCACCAUGGGACCUGGGAAAGUGUUUGGAGAGCUUGCCAUCCUUUAUAACUGCACCCGGACAGCUACAGUGAAGACUCUAACCAAUGUGAAGUUAUGGGCCAUCGACAGGCAAUGCUUUCAGACCAUCAUGAUGAGGACCGGACUCAUCAAGCAUGCAGAGUACAUGGAUUUUCUCAAAAGUGUUCCAACAUUCCAUGGCCUUCCAGAAGAAAUACUAAGCAAGCUGGCAGAUGUUCUUGAGGAGACACAUUAUGAGGAUGGAGACUAUAUCAUCAGACAGGGAGCAAGGGGGGAUACAUUCUUCAUCAUCAGUAAAGGAAAGGUGACAGUGACCCGAGAGGACUCUUCCAGCCAGGAGGCGGUGUACCUGCACUCCUUGGGAAAGGGUGACUGGUUUGGAGAGAAAGCCUUGCAAGGUGAGGACAUCAGGACAGCCAAUUUCAUUGCUGCAGAAACCGUUACCUGCCUAGUUAUUGACAGAGAAUCUUAUAAGCAUCUUAUUGGAGGCUUGGAGGACGUGUCCAGCAAAGGACCUGAAGAUGCAGAGGCCAAAGCAAAGUAUGAGGCAGAGAAUGCUUUUUUCUUCAGCCUACACCUGUCAGACUUCAACAUCAUAGACACACUCGGAGUUGGAGGAUUUGGGCGUGUUGAGUUGGUGCAGCUGAAGAGUGAUGAAUAUAAGACUUUUGCCAUGAAGAUUCUGAAGAAGCGCCACAUCGUAGACACCAGACAGCAGGAGCACAUCCGCUCUGAAAAGCUUAUCAUGCAGGAAGCUCACUCUGACUUCAUAGUUAGACUCUACAGGACAUUUAAAGACAGUAAAUAUCUGUACAUGCUGAUGGAAGCAUGUCUGGGAGGAGAGCUGUGGACCAUCCUCAGAGACAGGGGUUCAUUUGAUGAUUCCACCACUCGAUUCUACACCGCGUGUGUGGUGGAGGCUUUCGCCUACCUACAUUCCAAAGGCAUCAUUUAUAGAGACCUCAAACCAGAGAACCUGAUACUGGACCACAGGGGAUACGCCAAAUUGGUGGACUUUGGCUUUGCUAAGAAGAUUGGCUUCGGUAAGAAGACAUGGACGUUCUGUGGCACACCAGAGUAUGUAGCCCCGGAGAUCAUUCUUAACAAAGGUCAUGAUAUCUCAGCAGACUACUGGUCCCUGGGCAUCCUCAUGUAUGAACUACUGACUGGAAGUCCUCCUUUUUCAGGUCCUGACCCCAUGAAGACUUACAACAUCAUCCUAAGAGGCAUUGACAUGAUUGAAUUUCCAAAGAAAAUUACCAAAAAUGCUGCAAAUCUAAUUAAAAAACUAUGCAGGGACACUCCUUCUGAAAGACUGGGAAACUUAAAAAAUGGUGUUAAGGAUAUUCAAAAGCACAAGUGGUUUGAAGGCUUUAACUGGGAGGGCUUAAGGAAGGGAACACUGACCCCUCCAAUCAUCCCUAAUGUGACAUCAGCCACAGACACAAGCAACUUUGACAGCUUCCCAGAGGACAAUGAAGACCCUCCUCCUGAUGACAACACAGGCUGGGAUGUAGACUUCUAAAGCUCCAGCACAUCCUGGCACAAUGGGAGAACAUGCACACCACACAAAAGACCUGCUCCACUGUUACCUGGAACAGAGCUGCUUCUUUUGGGCAAGCUGCAUUAAAGGCUGUUUGAGGCAGGACAGACCAAUGGAGUAGAAGGGAGAAAAGCCCUUUUGUUUUGGUUAGCCUUGACUGUUGCAAUAGAGAAAUGAAGGUUCUUGUGGACUUAGGCUAUAUGGUACUGUAGAGCUGUCAGUGCUCUUAUACACAAGACCCAACAAUGGGGGAGAAUAUAUUCAUUUUGUGUAACUGCGUAUGUGUGCGCGUGUGUGAGUGUGUGUUUGCCAAGAGCGUAAACAUCCUUCUGUUUGGGUGUACCUGCCACAAGCCCCUCUCCUCAUAGGCAAAUGGAGAUAUCUUGUAGCAGGUCUUGACCUCAUGCAAUUGCUUUUUGUUUUUGAUUGGCUGUAGGCUCUUUAUCUUUCACACUUUGUGCAGAUUGCUAAGUAAAAUGUGGUCUAUAGAUUUAGAUGAAGUCAGUGUAUGUCAAAGCCAGGAUUCAGGGGAUCCGGACAGCCCUGAAUGUUAUUCUUAUAAGCAGGCAUUAUGGAACAUGUACAUAGUAAUAUAUUAACCCCACCACUACCAGUAAUGCCAACAAACAAAAACAUACACAGACAUAAAAAGCACAGAGUUGCUUCACAUUUGUAAUAGUAGUUAAUUAUUCUCUGAAGUGCCCCAUGUGGACAUUUGUGCAACACUUCACAAGCAUCCUUCUUCCUUAUCUACUUCCAUUUAUGUAAACAUGUGACAUGAUGAGAGGUGGCCGUUCGAGCGUGUGCUGUAGCCAAGCCAGGGCUUGUGCUAAUGUCUGGUUAUCCAACUCCCAGUGUGCCUCAGGUUCAUGACACUGUUCACAAAAUAAACCCAAGGCCCCCACUGAAUUCUAAAAUGUUCAACUCAAGAUCACAAUUUACUCUUAGUCCCAUCUAUGACUCUUCAGCCAGUCACCACUGCUGAAGGGAAAUUUUAAAUAGCUGUGAUCAGGCCAUGAUCAGGCAGUUUUUGAAUAAGAUUGUAAAGGUAGCCUUGAGGGAAUUGGGAUUAUUUGAUCUUUUGAUGACCUCAUAUUUAAAUUUAUGUAAUAAUGUGACUAAAUGACUAUAGAUGAAUUCAGGUAUAACAUAUGUAUGAAUACAUACAAACAAUGUGUUCUCAGAAUCCAUAGUGUUUAGCUAACCAUGAAAAUAAAUAGUGCCUUAAAUCAAUGGCAUCCUAAAACACUUACACUUGACCAUUAACCUGCUACAUGUCAAAACCUGAAACUGAUGCUCUCCAUCAAGACCCAUACAUUUUCCCUACUUUUUACAACACCAUUUUAGAUAUUCUAGAGUGGCAAAUUGCUUUAUUAUUAUUUUUUUAUGUACAUCUAAAUCUGCACACAACUAGACACUGUGAAAUUAGACAAUGACAUAACUAUAUGUCUUUACUGCAUGACAUUGCCUCUGUAUGAUUAUGUGGCUGGAUUGGCAAGGCACUGUAAGCAGUAAUAGCAUCACAUUUUUUGUUCACAUAAAUUAUGUUUGUUCUUGAGGAUGUACUGUGCUGCAGUACAUGAUACUAUACCUAUACCCGAGUCCAUGUAAGUGUUCGUCCUAUUAAACUGCACUGAGGUACUGUCCUCUGUAAUCAUCUCUAACUCUUCCCCUUGACAAUUGUUUUACUUUAACAUACAUCCUGGUUGCUGAUCUGGUCUAGUUGCACAGACUCAUCUGCACAAUGGUGAAAAUACCAUUUAUUCCCACUGAACAAAGAAAAGGUGGCAGUCAUGAUUUAACUGCCUACAAAAAAAUAUAAUGCAUAUUAUAUAGCCCACAAUUGAUGUAUAUUGGUAAUAAGGUAUUAACAUUUUUUUUUUUUACUUUGUCUCCCCUUGCCUCAUCUACAUGUAUUUGGUAAGAAAACUAUCGAUAUCAACUGUUUAAUAUCCUUUUUUUGUGUGGAAAUUAUGUAGUCCCUUAUGAAAAAACAAAUUUCUUACACUGAGACCGUAGUCAUAUUGUAAUGUACACUCAACAAGUCAAUAGUAAAAAUGUAGACUGCUAUUUCCCAACAAGACUUAAGUAAUGUUAUUGAGACCAUUAAAAUAUAGAAUUCCUUAAUCAAA